GACCCAGCCGCGGCUGCCUUGAAUGGCGUCUCGCCGAAACAGCCAACUUUGAUUGAACCCAAGGUAGUUGUGAAGCAGCAGAAGAAGACAUAUGCUGCUGUUGCUGCUGCGAAAAGUAGUAAGCCGGCUGGCGGCAGCAAAGUGGCAGCCAACGCCCCGCCAUCACAGUCGUCCAUCGACUCAGCCGACUAUGAUGCCUCCAUCAACAGUGCCGCCAACACCGCUUCCAGCGUAUGUCUUCUAACAGGUUUUUGUGCUUAA